GCUUUAUAUUGACUUCAUUAAGUACUUUAAAUUGUUUCUAAUUGAAUAAAUCCAUAUAAUUUUUUCCAAAAAUAUUAUAACUUCCAUUAAAAGAAUUUUUAUAAGCUUCAAAUAUGUUUAAAAAUAAAAUUGUUUUAUUACUCUUCGUUAUUUAUAUUACAAUUGCAUUUGCAGUUCCAUCAAAUAUUGUAGAAUACAACAACAGCGAAGUCAGUCCAAAUGACGCUUAUAAUGACAUUGCACAAAGCAAAAUGAAUUUUCCAGAUGGCUUCAUGAGUGCCGAAAAAUUGCAUGAAUACAUGAAAAAUCACUUACCGAAUAUUACUAAGGGUAUUACUCUUGAAAAAUGUCAUUUGUUAGUCCAAGAAUUCGCAAAAGUAGAUCAAUAUAAAGGACUUACACUAGAUGAAUAUUAUAGAGUGCAUGAGGGGAUUUUACUUCGGAGGUAUGAUACAGAAGAAAAAUUAACAGAAAAGUAAUUUAAUUUUUGAAAAAUUUGUUUACAUCAAUUUUUAAUUCAGUGUAAAUUGAAUGCAUUAAAUAAAAUAUAAAUUUUUAGUUUUUGUUAUAUUCUCUUAUAAUAAAUGAAAAAUCAUGUUAAAAAAUUAUCAUAAGUAUGAGUAUAAUUUGUAUUUAAUAUUUCCUAAUAAAGCAUUAUUUCAAUUCA